AUGCCUGCGAUUCGGCACUCAUCAAAGCGAAAGCCGCCACCCGAAGGCUUCAGCGACAUCGAGGACAAUCUCCUGAUAUUCGUGAACAAGAUGAAGGAUGCGCAAAACAAGCCGCCUCCGGCAGGACCGAAACACCAGGCACAGUGGGAGAUUUUCCAAUUAUCGCAUCAGCGCAGCCGGUAUAUUUACGAUCUAUACUACGAGAAGGAGGCCAUAAGCAAGCCAUUGUAUGACUGGCUGCUGAAGAACGGGUACGCCGACGCGAUGCUCAUCGCCAAAUGGAAAAAGACGGGCUACGAAUCGCUUUGCUGCCUUCGAUGCGUGCAAACAAAAGAGACCAACUUCAACAGCACAUGCAUCUGCCGCGUCCCGAGGGCGGAAAUGAAAGAAGACAAGGACAUACAGUGUGUCAGCUGCGGCUGUCGAGGCUGCGCCUCGGGCGACUAG